AUGUCACGACAGACUCGAGAUGCCACUUCGAAGCCGUGGCCCUCCCCUGGCUUCUCCCUUGGGAACACGCCGCAAGCGGACGGCAAGUGCCGACAACAUCCCAUCGCUGGAAAGCCGAGCGCCCUUCCACGCUCAAACAUGAUAAUUCGCUCGACUCCAGCAUGGCUUCUUGUCCCUGCUGCCCUGCUGCUAUGCUUUACAGCCGCGGUACAUGCUUCCCUCGGUGACCGGCUACCAGACUUUCGCGAAUGCGUCAAGGUCUGUAUACAAGCCAAUUGCGAGAAUGAUCCAACCCCAAUCCCCCUUCACCACCGCCUCCUCCUCUGGACCUGCCCCUCCGAAUGCGACUACGCCUGCCAGCACAUAACCACCGACACGCGCCUCUCCCGCGACCCGCCCUACCGGCAACCAAUCCUCCAGUUCCACGGUAAAUGGCCCUUCUACCGCUUCCUCGGUAUGCAAGAGCCCUUCUCCGUCGCCUUCUCGCUCCUCAACUUCCUCGCGCACUACACAGGCAUGGCCGCUUUGCGUGAGCGCAUACCAGCCUCCUACCCUCUACGGAAAUACUACCUCCUAUUUGGGUAUUUCGGGCUCGCGAGCUGGAGCUUCAGCAUGCUGUUCCACGCGCGCGACUACCCCCUAACAGAGAAACUGGACUAUUUCGCCGCCGGGGCGAGCGUGUUGUACGGGCUGUACUACACGCCGAUCCGCAUCUUCCGGCUGGACCAGCCUACCUCGGCCUCGCACGCCUCGCUCCUGCGCCUCUGGACCGCCCUCUGCAUCGCCCUCUACGCCGCCCAUGUCUCCUACCUCGCCCUCUGGCGCUGGGACUACACGUACAACAUGGCCGCGAACGUGGCCGUCGGCAUCAUCCAGAAUGUGCUGUGGAGCUGCUUCAGCGUGGCGCGGUACCGCAGCCUGAAGCGCACUUGGGCGGCGUGGCCGGGCUUGAUCGUCGCGUGGAUUGUUGUGGCGAUGAGUUUGGAGUUGCUCGAUUUUCCGCCGUGGCGGGGCGUGCUGGAUGCGCAUGCUUUGUGGCAUUUGGGCACGGUGGGGCCGACGGUUUGGUGGUAUAGCUUUCUGAUUAGAGACGCGCAGGAGGAUUUGCAGGGGACGCGGUUGAAGGCUUGA